AACGUCCGCAGGCGCGGGGACUGUCGGGUAUCAACCGGGGCGCUUUGCGGCUGGUCGUGCGAGCUGGGCGCGGGCGGUCGCGGCGGCUGUGGCGCGCGCAGGUGAUUGACUUGUCUGUCUGAGGGGAGCGCUUGGUUCUUUCGGCUGGCAGGUGCCGGUGCCCGUUCGGGCGGAGACGGAGGCGGCGUCGGAGGCCACCCGGAUCUUCGAGUGCUAUUUCGGUCAACACCAUGGCUCCGCGGCUGCAGCUGGAGAAGGCGGCCUGGCGCUGGGCGGAGACCGUACGGCCCGAGGAGGUGUCGCAGGAACACAUUGAGACCGCCUAUCGCAUCUGGCUGGAGCCUUGUAUCCGAGGCGUGUGCAGAAGAAACUGCAGAGGAAAUCCGAAUUGCUUGGUUGGGAUUGGCGAGCACAUUUGGUUAGGAGAGAUAGAUGAGAAUAGUUUUCAUAGCAUUGACGAUCCCAACUGUGAGAGGAGGAAAAAGAAUUCGUUUGUGGGCCUGACUAACCUGGGAGCCACCUGUUACGUCAACACCUUUCUCCAGGUGUGGUUUCUCAACUUGGAGCUGCGGCAGGCCCUCUACUUGUGCCCAAGCACCUGCAGUGACUACACGAAGGGAGACGGGAUCCGCGGAGGGAAAGAUUAUGAGCCUCAGACAAUUUGUGAGCAUCUUCAGUACUUGUUUGCUUUGUUGCAAAACAGUAACAGACGAUACAUUGAUCCUUCAGGAUUUGUUAAAGCCUUGGGCUUGGAUACUGGGCAGCAGCAGGAUGCACAAGAGUUUUCUAAGCUCUUUAUGUCACUGUUGGAAGACACUUUGUCUAAACAGAAGAACCCGGAUGUUCGGAACGUGGUGCAGCAGCAGUUCUGUGGGGAGUACGCCUACGUGACUGUGUGCAAUCAGUGUGGCCGAGAGUCUAAGCUCGUAUCGAAGUUCUAUGAACUGGAGCUGAACAUCCAAGGACACAAGCAGUUAACUGACUGCAUCUCCGAGUUCCUGAAGGAAGAAAGAUUAGAAGGAGACAAUCGAUACUUCUGUGAAAACUGUCAAAGCAAACAGAAUGCUACACGGAAAAUCCGACUUCUGAGCCUUCCUUGCACUCUGAACUUGCAGCUGAUGCGCUUUGUGUUUGACAGGCAAACUGGACACAAGAAGAAGCUCAAUGCUUAUAUUGGCUUCUCGGAGAGUCUAGAUAUGGAGCCUUAUGUGGAGCACAAAGGUGGGUCCUUCGUGUAUGAACUCAGCGCCGUCCUCAUCCACAGAGGAGUCAGUGCCUAUUCCGGCCAUUACAUCGCCCACGUGAAAGACCCUCAGUCUGGAGAGUGGUACAAGUUCAAUGAUGAGGACAUAGAGAAAAUGGAGGGGAAGAAGCUACAGCUAGGGAUUGAGGAAGAUCUAGCAGAACCUUCUAAAUCCCAGACUCGUAAACCCAAGUGUGGCAAAGGAACUCAUUGCUCUCGAAAUGCAUACAUGUUGGUUUAUAGACUGCAAACCCAGGAAAAGAACCACACAAUGGUUCAAGUCCCAGCCUUUCUUCAAGAGCUGGUAGAUCGGGAUAAUUCCAGAUUUGAAGAGUGGUGUGUUGAAAUGGCCGAAAUGCGCAGGCAGAGUGUGGACAAAGGCAAAGCGAAGCACGAGGAGGUGAAGGAGCUGUACCAAAGGUUGCCUGCUGGAGCUGAGCCCUAUGAGUUUGUCUCUCUUGAAUGGCUGCAGAAGUGGUUGGAUGAAUCAACACCCACCAAACCGAUUGAUAAUAAUGCUUGCCUGUGUUCCCAUGACAAGCUUCACCCAGAUAAAAUAUCAAUUAUGAAGAGAAUAUCGGAGUAUGCGGCUGAUGUUUUCUACAGUCGGUAUGGAGGAGGUCCCAGACUUACUGUGAAAGCCCUUUGUAAGGACUGCGUUGUGGAGCGCUGUCGCAUACUGCGCCUGAAGAAUCAACUGAAUGAAGACUACAAAACUGUCAACAAUUUGCUGAAAGCAGCAAUGAAGGGCACUGAUGGAUUUUGGGUAGGAAAGUCUUCCUUGCGUAGCUGGCGCCAGCUUGCUCUUGAACAGCUAGAUGAGCAAGAUGGUGAGGCGGAGCAAAGCAACGGGAAGAUGAACGGGAGCCCCUUCAAUAAAGAUGAAUCAAAGGAAGAAAAGAAAGAAGAGGAGGAGGAAUUAAAUUUUAAUGAAGACAUUCUGUGUCCACAUGGGGAGUUAAGCAUAUCUGAAAAUGAAAGAAGGCUUGUUUCUCAAGAGGCUUGGCGCAAACUGCAGCAGUAUUUCCCAAAGGCUCCUGAGUUCCCAAGUUACAAAGAGUGCUGCUCACAGUGCAAGAUACUAGAACGAGAAGGUGAAGAAAAUGAAGCCUUGCAUAAAAUGAUCGCAAAUGAGCAGAAGACCUCACUUCCAAACUUGUUCCAGGACAAAAACAGACCGUGUCUCAGUAACUGGCCAGAGGACACGGACGCUCUCUAUAUUGUGUCGCACUUCUUUUUAGAUGAAUGGCGGAAAUUUGUUAGAAAGCCUGCAAGAUCUACUCCUGUGUCAUCAAUUGGGAAUGCUGCCCUUCUGUGUCCACAUGGAGGACUCAUGUUUACAUUUCCUUCCCUCACCAAAGAAGACUCAAAACUUAUAGCUCUCAUAUGGCCCAGCGAAUGGCAAAUGAUUCAAAAGCUCUUUGUUGUGGAUAAAGUGAUUAAAAUCACCAGAGUCGAAGUGGGAGACGUAAGCCCUUCUCAAACACAGUAUAUUUCUGAGCCCAAUCUCUGUCCAGAUUGCAGAGAAGGUCUGCUGUGCCAGCAGCAGAGGGACCUUCGGGAGUAUACCCAAGCCACCAUCUAUGUCCAUAAAGUUGUGGACAACAAAAAGGUGAUGAAAGAUUCUGCUCCAGAGUUGAAUGUGAGUAGUUCUGAGACGGAAGAAGACAAGGAGGAAGCUAAGCCAGAUGGAGAGAAAGAUCCUGACUUUAAUCAAAGCAAUGUAAGUACCAAGCGACAAAAGACAUCCCAACAGGGCUAUGUGGCCUACCAGAAGCAGGUCAUCCGGAGGAGCACUCGGCACAGGAAGGUUCGGGGAGAGAAGGCGCUGCUGGUAUCUGCUAACCAGACAUUAAAAGAAUUGAAGAUUCAGAUCAUGCAUGCAUUUUCAGUCGCUCCAUUUGACCAGAAUUUGUCAAUUGAUGGAAAGAUUUUAAAUGAUGACUGUGCCACCCUUGGUACCCUCGGCGUCAUUCCUGAAUCUGUCAUUUUAUUAAAGGCUGAUGAACCAAUUGCAGACUAUGCUGCAAUGGAUGAUGUCAUGCAAGUUUGUAUGCCGGAAGAGGGCUUUAAAGGUACGGGCCUGCUUGGACAUUAAUCUUUGACCAUUUGCUGACUGCCAAGGAAUGACCAGAAAGGAAGACAAACUUGACAUGUUAGGGCAUUAAAACGUGGAUUUAAGAAUUAAACUCUUACCUGGCUCUUCCAGAAGGCAAAAAUCCAUUCAAAAGAGACUGUCCCAAUUGCCUUAUGUCAAAUAAAGCAGAUUGCACUGAUGGACAUCAGACUUGAAGGAGAUGUUUUAGAUUUUCUAUUUAAGGUGGGAGGGCGAGUGAGGACUGAGCAGGCAGAGUAGCAGUAAGACUAAAUUAUGUUUACACAGGAGGGAAUAAAGUCCCAGUCAGUUUCAUAUAGAUGCCCUGGUCACAGUACGUGGGCUAGCAUCCUGCUCCAAAUACCAGGUGACUGUCUAGAGACACAACUUGCUAACCCAACCUGUCUUUGACCUAUAUUCAUCUUUCACUAAAGCAUUAAAGUGAAGGACUUGCCAACAAGGAAUGUGUCUUCAGAGUACCGCCGCUACAGGACAGCCACAGCCCUGCCAUCUGCUCACUGUCUGUCGGUGCUGGGUAGAAGGCACCCACCGGUGUGCUUUCCUUGUCAAGCCAGGGACUGUCUGUUUUUCUCCAUCAUUCCAGAGGUGAUGGGAAAUGUUCAGUGUAUGGUGGCAGCAAAGAAAGUACCCCUGAUCAUUUGAGACGCCGGAUGGAAGAGUGGAACAUUUGACUGAAGCUCUGCAGGACAACAUGGAGGUUUUUAUAGACAACCCUCCUGUUCUCCAGUUCCUUCCGCUCUCCUUGGAUCUCACUUCUUUCUGAAAACCAUUCUUCUGAUAGGAGGGACAAGACUUAUACAGGGUGUGCUAUCUCACCAGCUCAGGAUCACUGGAUGCUAGUCUAAGCAGCAUCCGUGUCUGCAGGAACAGAAAGGUUUAGUGGAGCAUGGGGCUGGUCUGGGCAGCAGGUCUGCAUUUUCUCUGUUGAGUGGUUGUUGGUAUGUGUUUGUGGCCCAGUUGCUGACAGAUUUUUUUCUUACUUUUUUCUUUUUAAGCCUCUAGUUUGUUUUAAAACUUUAACUGAUGUAUACAAGCUGAUCUCAACAUUAGCAGCAUCUUUUGAUAGCUUUCUGCCAGUGCUUAUGGCUGCUGGGUAGAAGUCCCGCUGUGGUAUUUAUGUUUUCAAUGAAGAGUGUUCUAGAGAUGGUGAAAAGUGCAGGCAGAGCCAGGCGAGCUGCACACCUUCCUGGAAGCCUACUCAAGGAACUCCUGCCGUCGGGAAUACAGGGACUCAUGGGACCAAGCCUCACUCACCAAGAGCCCUCUCUUUCCCAAGGCCAAGACAAUUGAAAGGCAACCAAAUAUUUGACAAAUGUCCUUUACUGUCCUUACAAAGAAACCUGGAGCUCGUGGCUGUGUGACAAAAGCGUUGGCAGAACCUCAGCACCCUAAAAGGUGGUGGGGACAAAUAGCAAGAAGAAGCUGUUCCCCCCUUUUCCUGAGAUUGGAUGUGCACAAGCUAGAAGUUAGCACUGUGAGGUUGGCUGCAUAGGCAUCCUUUGCUUCCUUUACAGAAUGUUACCAAGGAAAUAGCCAUUCAUUCCUGUCAGGCAAAUGCAGGUGGGGCAGACCCUAUGUCAGCCAGCUGAAGUGUGGCUCAAUGAUGGUACCACCACUGCAGAGCCUCAUUGGAAUGUCAGCUUGGACCUGGAACCCACUGAAGAAGGCUACUCCCACUCCCAAGCUUGGGGUUCCUGGACUCCGCUUCCUCACAGCUUGAAGCAGACAAAUUUCAAAGAAUACACACUUGGACUUAACAGCUGCCAUGUUCCUGCUUACUAAUUCAUGCUGUCUGGUUGUCUACUGAGCUGGGAUAGCCUUACAGCACAGGCUAGCUAUUUUGCUGGGUUCUAAAGCUACAUUCAGAAACUGCAUUAAACCAGAUUAUGAAUCUCCAGGCUUCUUUAUGUUUCCUUUUUUUUUCCCCAGGCAGGGUCUCCUGUAACCCAGGCUAGCCUUGGACUCACUAAGUAAUCAGGAUAACCUUAACUGAUCUUCCUACUUCCUCCUCCCAGGUGCUGGGAUUGCAGGCAUGUGGCUACUGUGACAGGUUUCCUGUGCUGUGCCGAGCCCCGGGCUACGUGCACACUAGACAUGCAUUCUGCAUAUUGAUCUACAUCCCCAGCUCUACCCGUAUAGAUUUCUAAUCAUUCUUUAAUCCCAAGCAAAUGUGUAGAGUCUCCUGUGCUGAAAUGGUUUUUGCCAUUGCCAGACAUGUAGGCUAUCAUUUGAUGUCUUUAUUCCCUGAGAGGAAACCUGUUUUCUGUAUUUAUGAACUUUAUUACUGAGAAUCACUGUUAACCUUUCUGCCAAAUUAAAGACACCUGUGUCUCUGUUUCCAUGGA